AAUAAAAAAGAAUGGCCAAAGAUUAGGAUUCAAAUUUUAAGCAGAUAAUAUUAUUGAGAUAGAAGUUGACAUCAAACAUUAGAUUAUCAAACGGUAAAAUGAAAAAUAGAAAUAAUCAUAUGUAAUUUAGUUACAUAUAUAUAGAAUUUAAAUAUAGAAAUAAAUAAUGAACUCUACCCAUGUUUUAGAAUAGCUUCAUCGAAAGUAUUAUUACUUCAAUGUUAAGUAGUUUAAAAAAAUACAAGAAAUCUAUAAAAAUUGAGAAGCGGAAUUGA